AUGAUAUCGACGACGAGUGAUGCUACCGUGGUGAUUCGCAGCACGGAUACAGGCGCACCAACCACAACAAGCAGCGGAACACAAACAGCUACUCCUACAGCAACAGCGAUAACAUCGGACGUGUCCGGAACAAAUAAUACGUCGUCUGGUUUUUCGAAGGGCGCAAAAGCUGGUAUUGGUGUUGCUGUUCCGUCCGCUAUUAUUCUGAUUGCUGCGCUGUUGUGGUUCCUGCGCCGACGGAGGUUGAGGAGUAAGUCUCGCACUGCGGAUGUGUCGGAAGUUAUAGAACGCCAGCCUCCCAUGGGACCAGGACCAGUAUGUCCUGUUGCAAAGGAUGGCAUGCGGCUGGAGAUUGAUGGGAAUGCCAUUCAUGAAUCCGGCGGUCGUGCGAUUGAACAUUCCAGUGCCCCUUCCCACAAAGUGGUUGCAAUGCCUGCGUCUGGAGAAAAAGGAAGCCCAGUACAAGAUAUUAGAGAAGCUGGACCGGGGUGUUCACAUUUACAACCGUCCGAAACUGACGAUGCCCACCGUUACAAGGUGUCAGAUAUGCACCCAUCAAAUAGCCCGGAAGAACGCCGUGAUAGAGAAUCGGCUAUCCAUUACGAGAAUAUGGAUAUUGGUAGCUUAGAAGAAGAGAUUUCGAGGGUCAGAAAGAGGAAAGAAAGACUACAGUAUCUGCAGUCAUUGGAGGAAUAA